AUUUAAGUGAUAAGAAUGCGUCUUUCUAAUAUUGAAUUUGGAGCAUUUAAUCAGUUCUCGUUCAUAUUUUACGUUGUUGAGAUUGACGCGGCAAUUAUGUACAAAUUCAGGAAAAUAAAUUCAUACGAGGGUGUUUUAGACCUUAAAGGAGUCGUUAAAGAAGUUGACGUUGAAGAGAUGGAGGAGGCGUUGAAUAUAUGCGAUCUUUCUACUCUCGCCAAAAAGUACAAAACCUGGAUUAAGCAUAUGCCGCGUGUCAAACCGUACUAUGCUGUUAAGUGCAAUGAUGAUGCAUUGAUUGUCAAGGAGCUAGCUGAUUUGGGCGCCGGGUUCGACUGUGCCUCCAAAAAUGAAAUAAAACUCGCCCUGGAAGCUGGAGCCAAUCCAGAAGGCAUAAUAUUUGCCAAUCCCUGCAAACCACCGAGUCAUCUUCAGUAUGCUAAGGAGAAAAAAAUUAUGGCAAGCACUGUGGACACUGAGUUCGAGAUCUAUAAAAUCUUUGAGCACUAUCCUGAAUCAAAUUUGGUGAUACGCUUUCGGUGUGAGGCCAAAGUUGCACAGUGCCCUUUGGGCGAUAAAUUCGGAUGUAAUGCUGAGGAAGAUGCUGCUGCUUUGAUGCUCCUCGCUAAAAGUUUAGGACUUUCCGUGAUAGGAACAAGUUUCCACGUUGGAUCCGGCUGCAGUGACUAUCCAGCUUAUAACAGAGCCAUUGCUACUGCAAAUAAUUUGUUUAAAUUUGGAGAGUUACUUGGUUUCGACAUGAAGUUGUUGGAUAUAGGCGGUGGAUUCCCAGGAGCCGAUGACAAAAAAUUUGCUACUAUUGCGGCAAUUGUCAACUCAUCUUUGAACAAAUAUUUCCCUGACGAAAAUGUUCAAAUUAUUGCCGAACCUGGUCGCUUUUUCGUAGCUUCAGCAUACACCUUGGUUUGUAAGAUUCACGCCAAGCGAGAAGUGCGAUCUGGUAAGAAGGCGGAUAUAAAAAUGUACUACAUAAACGACGGGGUAUAUGGUUCCUUCAACUGUGUUUUGUAUGACCACCAGGAAGUCACCGUGGAACACUUCUUGGAGGAAGAUCCAAAUUUGAAAAAAUUCAAGACUUUAAUUUGGGGCCCCACCUGCGAUGCAUUAGAUAAGAUAAUCGAGGAUGCAUACUUGCCAAAUCUAUCUUGUGGAGAUUUGAUUGCAUUUCCCAACAUGGGAGCAUAUACCGUACCGAUAGCCAGCCCUUUCAAUGGAUUCAUGGUGCCGAAAACUUUAUAUUUUAAAGCUAUUUGAGUUAAUAACAACAAUAUUUCCCAAUUUAUACAACACUUAAUUUGUUACUGGCUCAUAUUUGGAUUCUGAUUCUGUGAAAAUUUUAAAUAAAUUAAGUACAUAAUUGCUUUAAUAUAAUAUUA